AUGGCGAAGUAUAAAUUCUACUUGCUGUUGACGGUCGCCUGCGGACUGAUACAGAGCAGUUCGGUUUGCAGCUACAAAAUUUCCGACAACUAUCGCAAGCGCCUCAUCGCAUCUGCGACAGGCAUGCCGGAGACACAGGUCGGGAAGGCACGGGCCGAAGAGACAGACGACGACUACCUCGAAGAUCGACCUCUCUACCCGGAGAGAGCCAUCGAUUUCAACGUGCAGCUAAUCGACUUGCUGACGCAGAAUGCACCUAAAUAUGGCGAAUUCGAUAUUCCAGAGGACUUGGAGCCUUAUGGGGAAUGGCUACGCUUCGGCAUCAACAUGUACAUACCUAUCGACUCUGGUCGGUCCCCUGACACGAUCCAAACGACCGCGAUAAGCUUGUUAAAUCCAAAUUCGCGCGAUAUGUGGGAGAAGAGUAAUGUCCGUAAGGAUUUCAACAUAUAUUUGUUCAAGGCGUGGAGCCACAAUCAACGAUACAAGACAAUCGAAAAUGUCAUCUGCUUCGGACUAGGACCUAUCCACAUCGAAAGCGAUGAGGAAUCACCAGACAACCUGCCUCGUACGGAUCCCGGGCUGAACAGGUAUCGCGUGUUCCUCGCUUUCGACAUAACUCGCAUGCUGAAAGUUAACUUCCAACUCAAAAGUAUUCAACUGAUAUUUCACGACACAAAGGACGAGUGCCAAUACCGGGAGUUGAUACAAGAGCUCGCAGAUAAACAGGAACAGAAAAUCAGCUUCCUAGAUACCUGCGAGGCGAUACGCAAGGUGAACGGGAACACACUAGUACUGGCACACGGCAUCCCUAGAGAGGGCUUGCCACUACGCUCCAUCAUUCUCGACAAAACAGAGAAGUACGGUGGCCCGGCUGGCAUCUUGUGCGAAAAGAUACCUGAUAUCAAGACUAUUGAGGAUGAGGCUACUACUGCGGCGAAAGAAAUCGCGUCGACAGAAAAGACAUCAAAAGAAAAGUUACGUGAUCCUCCUACCAAGCGUAUGGCGCAUCAAAGGGAGAAGUACGGAAUGAAGCCUAUGUGCAGGAUCGAUAAAUGGGAGGUGACUAUGUACUUGAAGUCUCACGGAUCAAGUAGACGGAAGUAG